AUGCACGGGAAGCUGUUUGCGCCCCGCUUAACAGUGCAGGCAGUUGAGCUUCUGCUGAAGGCCUUCGGCGCCAUGCGACAGGAGGAGCAUAUCAUCUGCGUGCUCGAGAUGAGAUAUACGCAUGUAGAGCUUGAUGGAGUCAUGUGCAUGCGCAAGCGUGUCGAAAUCGGAGAUGAACAGAUUCCAGAGAGUCGGUGGGAACGGCUCGCCAAUGAGGGCACUGGUCUGGGACGCAAACCCGUCGGAGAGCUUGUCGUUGAGGCGCGCGACGUAGCGCAUCUGCUCAUACAAAACCCGGAGCCGAUUGAUCGUGGGUCUAUUCUCCUAAAGCAGCCGCCGACACGUCCGCUUUUUCUGUGGUGGAGGGAAGGUGCGAUCUCGAGUCUGGCCAUCCGCAGCAAGUCCCUAUCCGCCGAUGGGGAGGCAUUGCUGAUAUCCACGAAAGCGAUGUAG